AAUAUUAUUCACAAUUAUAUAAUACACCCACCCAUACCCAAACCAUAUGUAUAUAACCACGCCCAUCCUUACACAAAACACAUGUACAGAGUACAGUACUGGGUUUUAAGUUCGACUCAAACACAAGCAACACAUACAUACACACAUAGUAAUAACAUACAAUGUUGGGUUUGUUAGCAAGAAGAGGGGCAUCUUCUAGUUGUUUUUUUCGAAGAAAAAGUAGAUUUUUUUCUUCUGGGAUUCUUCCUGAUGGAGUUGAUCGAGCUUCUGAAGCUUUUUCUCGCAAUUCUGAGAUCAUGGCUGGCCUUCUUUCUCAACUUCAGUCUCGAAUCUCUAAUGUAAUGGAAGGAGGGGGAGCUGCAGCUGUGGAGAGAAACAAGAGCAGGAAUAAGCUUUUACCUAGAGAUAGAAUUAAUCACAUUCUUGAUCCUGGUUCUUCUUUUCUUGAGCUCUCUCAGCUUGCAGGAUAUGAACUCUAUAAAGAACCAUUACAAUCUGGAGGGGUUGUUACCGGAAUAGGAGCAGUUCAUGGGAAGCUUUGUAUGUUUGUUGCCAAUGACCCCACUGUGAAAGGAGGGACUUACUACCCUAUUACUGUAAAGAAACAUCUAAGGGCACAAGAAAUUGCAGCUCGGUGCAGAUUACCGUGUUUAUAUCUUGUGGAUAGUGGAGGUGCUUUCCUUCCGAUGCAGGCUGAAGUUUUUCCUGACAGGGAUAAUUUUGGAAGAAUAUUUUACAACCAAGCAAUAAUGUCUUCAGAAGGCAUUCCCCAAAUCGCCCUUGUUUUGGGCUCUUGCACGGCUGGUGGAGCUUACAUUCCCGCAAUGGCUGAUGAAAGUGUGAUGGUAAAGGGAAAUGGAACUAUCUUCCUUGCUGGACCUCCACUCGUGAAGGCUGCUACCGGAGAAGAAAUUUCUGCUGAAGAUUUAGGAGGUGCAGUCGUGCACUGCAAGACAUCUGGUGUUGCAGACUAUUUCGCCCAAGAUGAACUUCAUGCACUUAGCAUAGGUAGGAACAUCAUUAAAAACUUGCACAUGGCUGCAAAUCAUAGAAUGGAGAAUGGAAGACAUAAUGCUUCUGAUUACAAAGAGCCGUUGUAUGACAUAGAAGAGCUUCGGUCCAUUGCACCAACAGAUCUCAAACAGUCUUUUGACAUCCGAUCUAUUAUUGCUCGUACAGUUGAUGGAAGUGAAUUUGAUGAGUUCAAGAAACUGUAUGGCACUACGCUUGUCACUGGCUUUGCUAAAAUUCACGGAACCCCUGUAGGCAUUAUUGGAAACAAUGGAGUUUUAUUCAAUGAAUCUGCUCUGAAAGGAGCACAUUUUAUUGAAUUAUGUACUCAACGUAACAUUCCUUUGGUCUUUCUACAGAACAUUACAGGGUUUAUGGUUGGCUCAAAAUCAGAGGCAGGUGGUAUAGCUAAAGCUGGCGCAAAAAUGGUGAUGGCCGUCUCUUGUGCGAAGGUUCCUAAAAUUACAAUAAUUGUUGGUGGAAGCUUCGGUGCUGGGAACUAUGCAAUGUGUGGGCGUGCAUAUAGUCCCGACUUUAUGUUCUUUUGGCCAAAUGCCAGGAUAUCUGUGAUGGGUGGUGUUCAGGCUGCUGGUGUGUUGACACAAGUAGAAAGGAGCAACAAGAAGAAAAGGGGGAUUCAGUGGACAAAUGAAGAGGAGGAAAACUUUAAGGCCAAAGUUGUGGAGGCAUACGAAAAAGAGGGCAAUGCCUAUUACUCCACAGCAAGACUUUGGGAUGAUGGCAUCAUUGAUCCUGCAGAUACUCGGAGAAUCUUAGGACUCUGCCUGUCUGCUUGCAAUAACCGUGCCCCUGAGUGUACGAAAUUUGGGGUGUUCAGAAUGUAAUGUAGCUCUAUGUUUCAUAUUGGCUCACUUCAAUCUUCUGCCAGUUGACUAUGUAUUUGGACUCUUUUAUUAAAUACUAAAUGCUGCUGUUAUGAUGUUCAGAUA